GGCGGGCGGGGCGGGGCGACCCCCGGCCUCACUCGUGCGUUUGCGGCGGGAGGUCGGUCCCCGGCCGGUGGCCCAGAGCCUCUCCCGGGGGGACCACCUGUGCGUGCGCCCGCCCCCCACCCUGCUUUGUUUUGUUUACAGCCGGCCGGCGGGCGCGCCCCGCGGUCGGCCGAGGGCCGGGACCCCGCUCGCCGAGACGCGGGGCAGGCCGUCCAGUCGGAGAGGGUCCUCUCCUCUCAGUUCAGUUUCGGGACCCAGGUCGCUGACGCUGCCCGCUAGUGCGCGCAGAUCCAGGCUGCUUUUCACAGCUGCCUUCCUGCUCCGCUCGAUUUCGGCCCGGUCACAACCCGACGGUGGCUGUGCAGGUCCGUGAGCAGCUGGGACAGCUGGGCCGUCACAAGUCAGACCUCCCAGUUCCUGCGGACAAGGAGCUAGGGAAGUCUUCACCACCAUCGCACCCCCCACGUGCCCCCGUGCAGUGCCAGCCCAUUGCCCAUGUAGACCCGGGCGAGGACCCGGUAGGGACUGCAGGCGGGCGGGCCGGUGCCGAGGAUGGACGGGGACGAGGAGUUCUUCGACGCGGUCACAGGCUUUGACUCUGACAGCUCUUCCGGGGAGCUCUCAGAGGCCGGUCAGGGGGUCCCUGGCCCGGCUGACGUGGACACCGGCAAAAGUAACGGCACUGGCCAAGCCGAGGAGAGGCCCCCUCAGGAGAAUGGGGUUCAAAAGCACAGGACACGCCUGCCGGCCCCGGCUUUCACCAGGAGCGACUUCAGCCUGUGGGGCAUCCUGAAGAAGUGCGUGGGCCUGGAGCUGUCCAAGAUCACGAUGCCCGUGGCCUUCAACGAGCCCCUGAGCUUCCUGCAGCGGCUCACAGAGUACAUGGAGCACACCGCCCUGGUGCACCUCGCCGCCCGCCAGCCCCGGGCCCUGGAGCGCAUGCAGUGCGUGGCUGCCUUCGCGGUGUCGGCGGUGGCUUCCCAGUGGGAGAGGACCGGCAAGCCAUUCAACCCACUCCUGGGAGAGACGUACGAGCUGGUCAGGGAGGACCUGGGCUUCCGGUUCGUGUCCGAGCAGGUGAGCCACCACCCUCCCAUCAGCGCGUUCCACGCCGAGGGCCUGCGCCAGGACUUCCUGUUCCACGGCUCCAUCUACCCGAAGCUCAAGUUCUGGGGGAAGAGUGUGGAGGCGGAGCCCCGAGGCACCAUCACACUGGAACUGCUCAGGCACGAGGAGGCCUACACCUGGACCAACCCCACCUGCUGCGUGCACAACGUCAUCAUCGGGAAGCUCUGGAUAGAGCAGUACGGCACGGUGCGGAUCCUCAACCACAGGACCGGGGACCGGUGCGUGCUCCACUUCAAGCCGUGCGGGCUGUUCGGGAAGGAGCUUCACAGAGUGGAGGGCUACAUCCAGGACAAGAACAAGAAGAAGCUGUUUGUCAUCUACGGCAAGUGGACGGAGUGUCUGUGGGGCGUGGAGCCCGCGGCGUACGAGUCCUUCAGGAGGCAGGGGCGGCACAGCGAGCCCCUGGGAGCCACCCAGCCGGACAGGAGUGCUGAGCACGCUGACGGGGACGCAGGCGACUCGGGGGAUGCCGUGCCUGAGGCUCCAGAGACUGUGCAGGUUGUUCCUGGCAGCAAGCUGCUGUGGAGGGUCAACAGCCGGCCCCCCAACUCCGCGCAGAUGUACAACUUCACCAGCUUCACCGUGACCCUCAACGAGCUGCAGCCGGGCAUGGAGAGGACGCUGGCGCCCACCGACUGCCGCCUGCGCCCCGACAUCCGGAGCAUGGAGAACGGUGACAUGGACCUGGCGAGCCAGGAGAAAGAGAGGCUGGAGGAGAAGCAGAGGGAGGCCCGGCGGGAGCGCGACAAGGGGGACACCGAGUGGCAGACGAGGUGGUUCCGCCCGGGCAGGAACCCGCACACGGGGGCCCCCGACUGGCUGUACGCGGGCGGCUACUUCGACCGGGACUUCUCUGGCUGCCCAGACAUCUACUGAGGACCAGGGGUGCCCAGGGCCCAGACGGCUGCCGGGCCGCGCUCUGCCCGCGGCUCCUCCACACUCCGGUCCGCAGAGCUGGCCUUUCUCAGGAU